CUAGGCGGAAAUGGAUCUGCUUCGUCGCUUCGGCGCUCUGUUAGACAACGACGACAUCCCGUGGAAGACAAUCAUCAUCACCUUCGGUGUCGCCGAAUAUGCCCUCGAGACCUACCUCGCCUACCGUCAAUUCCAAGUUCAGCAGAAGAAGACAAUUCCCCGGCAGCUGAAGAGCGAGGUUGAUCAGGAGACUUUUGAUAAGGCACAGAGCUAUGGAAGGGCCAAAGCAAAAUUCGAAUUCGCGACCAACACAUGGGGCGUCGCAAAGAAGCUGGCAGAGGUCCAAUACAAUAUCAUUCCGCUGCUCUGGCGUGUCUCUGGCACUCUGGUUGCGAAAUACGGCACAUGGGGCUUGACUGGAGAGAUCACUCAGUCUCUCGUCUUCAUCUUCGCCAAUGCCUGGAUCGACACGCUUCUCGGCCUGCCCUUCAGCUACUAUCAUCAUUUCGUCCUGGAGGAGAAAUUCGGUUUCAACAAGCAGACCGUCAAGCUGUGGCUUACCGACAUCGUGAAGUCUCAAGCCAUCGGCAUUGCGUUUGGUGUGCCCAUCGGAGCCGCCUUCCUCAAGAUCAUCCGGGCUACAGGUGACAACUUCUUCUUCUACAUCUGGGUCUUCCUGCUCUUCGUCCAGCUUGGUGCCAUCACCAUCUACCCAACCGUCAUUGUCCCGCUCUUCAACAAGCUUACUCCUCUCCAGCCAGGCGAUCUCAAGGAUCGAAUCGAUGCUCUUGCCGGACGCCUCCAAUUCCCACUUGGUGAGCUACAAGUCAUCGAUGGCUCAAAGCGUUCCUCCCAUAGCAAUGCAUAUUUCUCUGGUCUUCCAUAUCUGAAGAAGAAGAUUGUGCUUUACGACACACUCAUCGAACAACAGGAGACCAAGGAAAUUGAGGCAGUGUUGGCUCAUGAGCUCGGUCACUGGAAGGAGAAUCACACAGCCAAACUGCUCGGCAUCGGCUCAACGCAUCUCUUCGCUAUCUUCGCCCUGUUCAGCGCCUUCAUCCACAACAACUCCCUAUACAAGCACUUCGGCUUCCCAACUGAGCGACCCAUCAUCAUUGGCUUCAUCCUCUUCAACAUGGUUCUCUCGCCCACUGAUCACGCCUUGAAGCUGAUCAUGAACACAAUCACACGAAAAUUCGAGUACCAGGCCGACAAGUUCUCGUACGAUUUAGGAUACAAGGCGGAACUCGCAAGCUCUCUCAUCAAAAUCAACAUCAAGAACCUCUCUUCAAUGGAUGCCGACUGGAUGUACAGUGCUUACCACCAUUCGCAUCCCAUCCUCACCGAGCGAUUACGCGCUCUUGGCUACUCUUCGGAACGUAAGGUGUCGAAGGACAAGCCCAAGGUUGCUGGUGAAGCCCCCGAAAGCAUUAAGAAGUCAGAGUUCGCAAGCCAGGCCAAUGGUGACAGGAAGGAGCUGUAGGAUGGCGCCUCCGAGCAUCAGGAUCAGGAUGAUGGUGUCAAUGGGCAUGAGAGCAAUGCGACAGUCGGACCUCCUGUGUUAUCUAAUAAUCCCUCUCCCGUGUCUCGACUUCAGACAUGGUUGGAGUUCACCCUCGACCUCUACAUCAAAGUCGCCGGCCUUCCGAUUCUGUUCUGGGUCUAUUGCGGAGACACAUGUGGCUGGGCAAUUCCAAAUGUUCGCCGCGCCUCUGCUCGCCUGUAUGGUCCAGUCGAUGAGUUUGCAGGCGAAGACCAUGACAGCGUCAUUGGUCAUUGAUGCCACACUCCGUGAGUAGACAUCCGUCUCCUGUAGGUAUAGCAGUAGCAUAUCUUAGUAUACACCGGCUGUGAGAACCACUUUCUAUCGAAGAGGCC